AUGCAAGAUUGCAAAAACAUGGGAGGCGUGAUUUUCAAGAAUGCAGUGAGUGAGUUGGUGGCCGUGUUUGUGAUUGAUGUGGCACAAGCAAUACUUUCGUAUGUUGUGGGACCGUAUGAGCGGGUGUUUGAUGAGUAUGACGUGUCUAUUUCGAAGCCACAUGCAAUAAACGAGACUAUUUCGUAUGUUGAGGUGAUAGGAUUGGCGAUUGUUGUUCCACUGAUUUGUUUGUAUGUGGUGUUGCAUAGUAAUCCAUCCAGAAGCAGCAAGAUGUAUUUCUAUGUGAUAUUUAUGCUUUCAUGUCUCACAACGUUUGCAGCAACGGAAGCAAUGAAGAAUGUGUUUGGGAGGCUCAGGCCUGACUUCUUGAGCAGAUGCAUGCCAGUGAAUGGAGUGUGUACAGGACUGCAACCGAUUGUUACUGAAGGAAGAAGAAGCUUUCCGUCGGGACAUAUGUCGAUGGUGGUAUGUGGAGCAAGCUUUUUUAUGUUUUUUACAUGGAGAGAGUUUAAGCUGCACUUGCGCAACAGAAUAUGGAGAUUUGUUGCACUUGCAGUUGUCUGGCUGUUGUUAUUUAUUGGAUCCAUGGCUAUUGGGAUGAGCCGUGUUACAGACAACAGGCACUUUGUUUCUGAUGUUAUUGGAGGAGCAGUGAUUGGAGGAUUAUCAGCAGCAGUUGGAUUUAGGUAUCUCAAUAGGAGUAUUGAGCUGCAAAAGAACAAGAGUACUAGAGUAAGAGCACGAGCAGCAGAUGUUUAA